AUGUCUGUGGCUGAAUUUGAAGUGGCAUUUUCUAGUUUGUCCCGAUUUGCACCGGAAUUAGUAGCGACGGAGGAGCAUCGUUGCAUCGCGUUUGAGCAGAGAUUGAGGACUAAGAUCCUAUUCAAGGUUGCCAGGAAUAUGAUCCGAGUUUAUGAUCGCCUUGUGAAGGCAGCUACACAUGUUGUGGAGCCCGAGGAGGAGAGACUUCGGAAUUUGAGGUCUAAGGGCCAAGGGUCACAGGGGGACUUUAGGCCCAACAAGAAGAGUAAGAGCGCCUUUUCAUCCCAGUCUCAGUUGCAGCAGUCUAGAUCUACUUUUCCCUUGCCUAGUGCGAGCCCGGGGAAGAGUGCACCGAGCGGGCUUUCUUGCUUCAAGUGUGGCCAGCCGGGUCACAAUACCUUUGCUUGUCCACAGAAGGAAGGAGGACAUCAGAUGUUGCCAUCACCACCACAUAACCGAUCUAAGAUUCAGUCUCAAAGUAGGGGUCAGGGGCCUACUUGCUUUCAGUGCGGGCAGUCGGGGCAUAUGAAGAGAGCUUGCCCUCAGUUGGGAGACGCAUCUGGCGCUUCAGGGUCUAGGCAGACACAGAAUCGCCAGCAGGCUCACUCAGCUCAGGCUUCACAAGUUCUCCAGGGAGUCGCUUCGACUCAAUCAGUACAGCAGGCCUAUGCUCCGAGAGAUGAGCAGGUUGAGCAGAGGCCACAAGGGCGCGUGUACGCAGUUACCGCACCAGAACAGUUGCCAGGAUCCUCGGUAGUGAGAGGUAUUUUCAUUGUAUGCAAUUCUUGGGCCAGUGUGUUGAUAGAUACGAGUGCAUCUCAUUCAUUCGUAUCUGUUGCAUUCGCAUCUACAUUGGGGCUAGAGGUGACACAGUUAGCAUCUCCACUCAGAGUAGAGUCCCCAGUCAGGGGUACAGUUGACUUAGAUCAGGGCUGUCGUGAUUGUGAGAUAGAGGUUGCCGGGUGUAGACUCCCGUUUGCUUUUGUGUUAUUAGACAUGUCCAGUUUUCAUGUCAUUCUAGGCAUGGAUUGGAUUGAUCGGUUCUUAUCGCCAGUAUGUGAUCCUCGUAGUGGGAAUGAGCUUAGUGGUCUUCUUGCUACUCUUCUGAAUAAUGAGAGUGGCGGGACUCGAGUUGAUUUGCCAAGGUGGAUUUUCUUUGGGACUGCCUACACUGGUUCUUAUAGUGGUUACAUUUAUCUGUGA